CUUGUAUGCUCUAUGUUAACUGGAUAGAUGCUCCUUUUUCCACAACUUGUGGCGGAAGCCACUGCUUUGAUUGAUCGAUUAAUAAGUCAUGCCUCUCGCUGAUAGAUUUUGAGCUCAAGGAGGUCGGUCGGCCACGCUGUUCGUCUCACAAUCGCAAAUCGCAAGGCUGACUAUUAACACGCCGUCGAUCACAUAGAAGAGGAGGAGAGCAGCGGAGGGCGAUGCAGCGGUACUGGUCGCAGUCGUUGGGCUCUUUGGCGCAGUUGCUGUGGGAGGAGGAGUACAGCAACUCCUUCGCACUCGGCGAGAUGGGCACCGUCCUCGAUUCCCAUUUCUUGGCGCUAACCGCCAUCGUCACUGUUGCCUAUCAGUUUGUGUUCUUCGUCAUUACGGCGCUCCUCAAAUUCGAUAAAGUUACAGAUUUUGCAGGUAGCACAAAUUUUAUUAUACUUGCAUUAUUAACACUAAUAGUGAAAGGAUCAUGGCAUUUCAGACAGAUUGUGCUGACUAUUCUUGUAUCGCUUUGGGGCCUCCGCCUAGCAUUGUUCUUACUGAUGAGAAUUCUGCAAUGGGGGGAGGACAGGCGCUUUGAUGAAAUGCGUAAUAACUUGGGAAAGUUAGCUGUUUUCUGGAUAUUCCAGGCUGUCUGGGUUUGGACUGUAAGCUUGCCACUUACUAUUGUGAAUGCUAGCAAGAGGAACCCAUCUGUUGAGGCUCGAGAUGUCAUUGGAUGGAUAAUGUGGAUCGUAGGCAUCUCUAUUGAAGCAAUUGCUGAUCAGCAGAAGUUGCAAUUUAAGAACUCUCCUGCAAACAAGGGAAAGUGGUGCGCUGUCGGGGUUUGGAAAUAUUCUCGCCAUCCAAAUUACUUUGGCGAGAUUUUCCUUUGGUGGGGAAUAUUUGUGGCUUCCACUCCAGUUUUGAAGGGUGCAGAAUGGCUCGUGGUGCUUGGACCCAUCUUCCUCACUCUCUUACUUCUUUUUGUCAGCGGCAUUCCUCUUCUUGAGGCUUCUGCUGAUAAACGAUAUAAGAGUGUAUCAGAAUACCGACACUACAAAGACACAACAAGCCCACUAAUUCCGUUACCACCUUUUGUGUAUGGAAAUCUCCCUGCAUGGUUCAAGGUUGCGUUUCUCUUCGAGUUGCCUCUCUAUAGCCGAAGCCUUGCACAGGAAAUAUCUACUUAGCAAAAGCUCUUAUGUAGCAUUAAUUUCUCAUAGAAUGAUCAUCGUAGAGAAAUACCUCUAUUGUUCCAUUUUAUUAAGAAAGAUUGUUACAAGGUCGAUCCUAAAACUAAAUUUGAUAGUGUUCAAGUUUGUUUAUUAUAUAGAUAUCUCAAUUUGUGAUGUGAUAA